AUGUCUAGUGCUGGAAAGGUUGCGAAGGCAUCGGCUGUUGGACUAGUACCCACUGCCAGCUCCGAGCUGACCCUCAAGCGAAAAGCAGUCGAUGACACGUCAACGCCUGCUACUACAGCACCGUACCUGCGGAACAGUCGACAUGCGUUGCUAUCAGCUUUGUCGCGUUUGAGCCCGAACAACAACGUCUCGGAGCCAACUUGCAAACGUAAAUCAGUCGCUGAUACAUCGUCGGCCGCUACUGUUGCGCCGUCUCUGCGGAAAGAUCGAGGUUCGUCGCAAGCAGUCUCGUCGCAAUUGAGUCAAAACAACAACGUUUCCAAGCCGACCCCCAAACAGAUGUCAGUCGCUGAAACACCAUCGUCCGCUAUUGCUGCACCGACCCUACGCAUCAAUUGGCCCUCGUUACUAACAGAUUCGUCGCGCUUGGAUCAUAGCAGCAACGUCUCGGGUACUGGCUCGGGGACGAUUGGAAAUUAUCCACCUUCGUAA